AUGGUAAACUUAAACAUAAAUGCCAUGCGCUAUUUAUCGCAAGAUGAUUUCAGAGUUCUUACAGCAGUAGAAAUAGGAUCAAAAAAUCAUGAACUAGUCCCAACUUCUUUAAUUGCUCAAAUUGCGGGAUUAAAAGGUGUUAGCCAUCAAAAAUGCAUCAGUGAAUUAGCAAAAAAUGGCCUUAUUUCUAAGGUUAAAAAUGCAAAAUAUAACGGAUAUCGACUUACAUACAUUGGUUAUGACUAUUUAGCACUAAAUGCUUUUUCAAAGAGAGAAUGUAUAUAUUCUAUUGGAAAUAAAAUUGGAGUAGGCAAAGAAUCAGAUGUUUACAUUAUUUCAGACAAAACAGGAAAACAAAUGGUUCUUAAAAUGCAUAAGUAUAUUUUUCUAUAUAUUUUUACACAUAUGAUCUUUCUAUUUAGGCUUGGAAGGAUAUCUUUUAGAAACGUAAAAUUAAAACGUGACUAUCUUAAAAAUCGAAAAUCAGCUAGUUGGAUGUAUAUGUCACGUUUAGCUGCAAAAAAGGAAUAUACUGUUAUGAAAGUCUUGUACGAAAACAUGUUUCCCGUUCCUCAACCUAUAGAUCAAGUCCGACAUUGUAUUAUUAUGGAAAAAAUAGAAGCAUAUCCUUUACAUAAAAUUAAUAAUAUUUUGCAUCCAGAAAAACUUUAUAUGACUUUAAUGCAAUUAAUUAUAAAGUUAGCCAACCAUGGACUAAUCCAUGGUGAUUUUAAUGAAUUCAAUAUCUUAAUUCAUGAAAAUCUAGAUCCAGUAAUAAUUGAUUUUCCACAAAUGAUUAGUAUUGAUCAUUACAACUCAGAAGAGUAUUUUAACCGUGAUGUUGAAUGUAUUAAAAAAUAUUUCUUGAAAAAAUUCCGCUAUGAAUCAAAUUAUAUUCCUAUAUUUCAUAAAGAUGUAAAAAGAGAAAAUAAUUUAGACAUACAAGUAGAAGCAGGAGGAAUUAAAAAAAAAUUAGCUAAAAAAAUAGAUAUGUAUUUUAAAAAAAAUAAAAAUACAUCAACAGAUGAGGAAACUUUUUCUAGUAGUAAUGAUACAAAUACCAGUCAAUCCUCAAAAGAUAAAGAUUAUAGUAGCGAAGAUAAAAUAUCAGAUACAACUAGAAUUAACUAA